AUGAGCGCUAUAUCAAUUGGCUGCUGGACAUGCCGUCUCCGGCACAAAAAAUGUGACAUUACCAUUCCAAUAUGCAGGGAAUGUAGUGACCGCAAUGUUCAGUGUCAUGGGUAUGGGCCGAAGCCUGCGUGGAUGGACGGGGCAUCGGAAGAAAGGAAGGAAAAGACGCGAAUCAAAGCAGCGAUAAAUAAGCACGUUCGACGAGUCCGGAAAAUGCGAAAUAGUAUCAAAAUCGCGUCUCGGGCGGAUAUUGAGCCUAAAACUACCUCGCCCAAUGCUCUGGCUGGCUCUCCGAUUGCUUCAUCGCUGUCCGGACCUUCGAUUCAAGAUACUAUUUUCAACCCUCAGGCUGCAUCUCUGUUGAUGCAUUACCUGGAUCAAGUCUUUGCGUGGCAGUUCCCCUAUUUCUGUUCUACUUCCCGGCUGGGAAAUCGAGGCUGGCUCCUCUAUCUUCUUAUGAAGCGAGGGCCUCUCUACCAUGCCAUUUUGAGUCUUUCAUCACUUCACCAAAGCGCCAUUCUGGGAAGUGAAGAGGAGUUCCAACAGAAGGAAAAAGCACUUGAGCAUCAUUCGAGGGCACUUCGGGAAUUUUGCAAAUUCAUGAGCGAGGAGCGCGGAAGAUUACUGGAUGAUAAUGCUCGGCUGGCCGAGUUCCUGGCAUGCAGUUUGAUCAUGAUUAGCUGCGAGGUCUUCAGGGGCGGCGAGCACGACUGGCUGCUUCACUUGGAUGCUGUCAUCUGCGUUAUACGGUCACUUUCGCCAGAGAGAAUAUUCGGUACCCGUUCCCUAUCUGACAUCCAGCCCCCGGAUAUGACCCAAAGUCAUAAUCAAGAGGGUCUGGAAUUUCUUCUCGCCACAAUGGUCUCACUUGAUCUCUUUGCUUGUCUUCCCACUGGAAGAAUACCACAACUUCCAUAUCAGCAAUGGCUCCAAACGCCCGAGAUUCAGAUUGUGGACUUAUUGAGCUGCGAAAAUUGGGUCAUGAUGAUAAUCGGCGAUCUAGCCUGCUUGGGUGAAUGGAAGAAAGCCCAAGAGCAAGAAAAUAUUCUCGACAUUGUCGAACUAACCAGACGUGGCGACGAGAUCAAAACACGUUUAAACAGUGGCAUCGAGGAGCUUGAUCUCAUCAGGGAUAAAGAAAACUACGAACCCCAAACCAGCUGGGUUACCCGUCUCUAUGCCCUCGCCUGCUUGGUUCUGCUGCACACAAAUAUUUCAGGACCCUUACCCACACUGCCCGAGAUACGAGAUACCGUUACCAGAAGUAUCAUCGAGCUCCAGAAUCGUCCGAGGACGUACUCGCUCACUGGCUUGGUGUGGGCAAUAUGUGUAGUGGGUUGUAUGGCACAGUCCGAUCAGCAGCCUUUGUUUGAGGAUUUGAUGGCUGAUUUGGUGCGACACUCUGCGAGAUUUGGAAAUCUUGGGACGGUAUUGAAAAUCAUGAGAAAUUGCUGGAAGUUGCAAGAAACUGAAAGUGCAGAUUGCAGGAUUACGAUGGUUAAAACGGGUAUAUGUGUGAUAUUAAUUUAG